AUCAUCAAGAACCAUCUCCACUUCAUGCCGGCCCGGAACUUAAACAAACGCCUCAGGAAGUAGCUACCUACCUUGCCUCCUGUUUUAAGAAGUCAUUUACUCUUUUAGUUACUUCGCUCCGAUCUCCGAAACCCCUUACUCCUAGUCCCGUGGGUAUUCGCCUUUGAAAAUGGCCAGCGAAUCGGCACCAGCAUCCCUUCCUCCGGAGGCUAUCGAAUUUGCAGGUCGCAUGUAUAAUGCCGCACGAACAGGAGAGAUUGAUAUAUUCCAGCAAGCAUUACCAGCCGGUUUGCCUCCUAAUAUGACUAACGAAAAAGGGGACUCACUUCUCAUGCUGGCGGCUUAUCAUGGACACGCCGAUCUUGUCAAGCUGCUUAUUCAACAUGGGGCCGACACGAACCGUAUCAACGAUAGGGGUCAAAGUCCCUUAGCCGGUGCCAUCUUCAAGAAAGAGGAUAGCGUAAUUGAGGCACUAUUAGAAGGGGGCGCCGAUCCGGAGCAUGGCUCGCCUUCUGCACUUGUCUGCCUAGCCAUGUUCCAACAAGAGGAUAAAUGGGGUGAUAAGUUCAAAUCGGCUCCGGGGAGAGGGAAAGCUACAAAACCCACAUCUGAAUAGACUUCAUACGGUCCCCUUAAUCACAAUUACCCCAUACAGUUACUUGACGUAGAGUUAAGAGAAGCUACUCGGGUCUCGGGAGCAUCAACGAACAACUUAGACCCUCAUUCAAACCUCCGUGAGGCAUCAUACGGAGACGGACUCGGUGAUCAACUGCAGACUGUGAAAAUACCGACACCUCUUGCUCCAUAUGAGAGUUGUAUGAAGCGAUCGCUAAUGUGUCCGGUUAUCUAUCAACUGGGCUAAUACUCUACCCGAGUCGGUUUGUUCGCCGAGACUGACGUUCCCAGCGGCAGUACUC